AUCCACUAUAUCGGUAAGAUUAAGUUGCUUAUCAUCAACGCUAGGCUCGUCGUCGCAACGGCUUGUCCUCUCUCGGUUACUACUAUAGGGGAUCAGUCUUAUCCGCUCCCACACCCGAUUAGAGCAUCAGCAUAGCCAUAGCUCCCCUAUGUCUUCCUCUUUCUUGGGGCUGAACGGGCUCCAUGUCCUCGUUACGGGAGCUGCGGGUGGCAUUGGUCGACGAGCCGUGCAGGAGUUUCUGGACCAAGGAUGCAAAGUCACUGCACUAGAUCUUAAGCCUUUAGAGCUUGCCCACGCACCAGCUGACGUCUACGCACGACUUCACAUUCUCCGAGGCGAUAUCGCCGACGAGGAGUCUAUUCGCUCGAGCGUGUCGCAGGCCAGCAAGCGCUUCGGGCCGAUCAACAUCCUCAUCGCCAACGCCGGCAUCACCGAUGAGAGCAAGGACUACCCGAUCUGGGAGCUUCCCUUGGAAGCCUGGGAAAGGACAUAUCGCGUCAAUGUGCGCGGAACCUUUCUCACCAUCAAACAUUUUCUUCGAUCCGCACAGCUGUCACAGCAGACGCUGGGCAGGGAGUUGGACAACCUGGCCAUUGUCGUGACAGGCAGUGAGACGGGCAAGUUUGGUCAAGAGGGACACGCCGAGUAUGCCUCUGGGAAGGCGGGCUUGCAGUAUGGUUUGGUAAAGAGCGUGAAGAAUGAGAUUGUUCGGCUCAAUAGCCAGGCGAGAAUCAACGCUGUUGCUCCGGGGUGGGUAGACACGCCCAUGAUCGAAGGUCGGCUGGAUGAUCCGAAGGAGAUGUGGGCGGAGGCUCAGGCAACCGUGCCAUUGAGGAGGGUUGCUAAACCUGAGGAUGUGGCUCGUACCAUGGCUUUUCUGGCCUCCCAUCGCGCAGCUGGGCAUAUCUCAGGACAGUGCUUAAGUGUCGACGGUGGCAUGGAGGGGCGUCUGGUUUGGAAAGAAAGCGAUGAGCCGAAGAAGCUGACGGCUGAAAGUACGGUGCUUUCGAUCGCCUCGUCCAUCCCACCAGCCUUGACCAAGCCGAAGCGGAACAAGAUUCGCAUUGCCGUAUCCAUCGAUUUGGAUGCGGUCUCUGGAUGGCUAGGAACGGGGCAACAUCCAGACAACAUUCUAGCCGAUUACUCGGCCGGGUUCUUCGCAGCCCGAGUCGGUGUUCCGCGACUUAUACGCAUGCUCAAGAAGCUCAACCUUGCGGACCGCUGCACGUGGUUCAUCCCCGGCCACUCCGCGGAGAGUUUCCCCAACGAGGUCCGGCAGGUGGUCGAGUCGGGCUGCGAGAUCGGUCUGCAUGGCUACGCCCAUGAGGGCGCCUACCAGCUCACCGUCGAGCAAGAGCGAGACGUCCUGGUCAAAUGCAUCGAAAUCGCCACCAAGCUCACCGGCAAGAAACCCGUCGGGUAUCGGGCGCCCCUGUACCAGCUGCGCGAGUCGACGAUGGAUCUUCUCGAGGAAUUUGGCUUCGAAUACGAUGCCUCCCUGACCGACCACGAUUGCCAUCCGUUCUUCGCCCCGCGUCGUCCUCCCCUCGAGCCCAUCAACUUCGCCCGCCCCGCCUCGACCUGGAUGCACCCGAUCCCGCAGACCACCGCGGACCGUCGGCCGCUCGUCUGCGUCCCCUGCAAUUGGUACAUGGAGGACAUGACCCCGAUGCAGUUCCUGCCGCACGCGCCCAACUCGCACGGCUACACGGACGUGCGGGUAAUCGAGAACCUGUGGAAGGACCGCUUCCUGUGGAUCCGCGAGAACGAGGAGGAGCCCAUCUUCCCGGUGCUGAUGCAUCCGGACACGAGCGGGAUGGCGCAUGUCAUUGGGAUGUUGGAGCGGCUGCUGCGCUGGCUGCAGGGGUGGGGGGAGGAGGUGGAGUUCUGUCAGACCGGGGAGAUUGCCCGGUGGUAUCGGGAUAAAGAGAUGAAAGCAUCCUUUUGACCGUCUGUUAAGACGCCCUGUUGAGAGACACUUGCGGUC